UUUUUGCCGUCGUGUACCAGUGGUUCCAAAAGUCACUAAGUUAACCCCUAACCUGCCAGGGCAACAGAAAUGGCGGUUCUGUCGUUUUUACCUGUGUUAGUGAUUUACUUCACACUGGGACGUGUGGAGGCCCAACAGCCAUGCUGUACACCGCUACAGUGGCAGGCCACACUGGGAGUCACAUACGGACAGGCCUGGAUUGACAGUAACACUGCCCAGGCGGUUCAGAACCUAACUGCAGAGUUUGCCUUCGACUGGAACAAGCGCGCCACGGCGAUGUGGAUGACGGGAACUCAGUACAGCCCUCUCGUUCCCGGGCCACUACCCGUCCACAGUGCCUACAUCUGGGACCACGCGACGGGAGUCAUGUGGACCGUCGACCUGGCGAGAAAAAGCUGUCAGCACAGUGAGCUGAGUAAAGGGCCUAUAGCCAAGCUGUGUGUGGCAGAUGACGCCAUGCACGUGGCUACCACACAUCUUGGUCCAAGUCAAAUGGUCUGCGACAUCUUCAAGUUCAAGUGGCCGGUGGGAGAGCCCGGUUUCCCUGCAAUUGCCGCGGCUACGGUAGCCAGGAAUGGCUGCACGCCCGUGAGGAUAGGGAUUGUGGACGGUAGCCCCACCAGCGGAGGGUUCUUCUUCGACGCCCGGGUUUACAACAUGAAGGAAGGGAUACACAACACCAGCCUCCUGUCUCCUCCCUCAUACUGCACUCAUGGCAGCAACACGACUACAGCGAACGAGUCAAUUUCUCCUUUGACCAAGCUUUUCUCAACUCUAUGAGAGACCAUCAACGUUAAGUAAAAUCAGCGUGCAUAGAUCGACAUCACUGUGGGUUCUAAGAACGACAUGUACAGCGAAGCCAAGAAACCAUUUUUUUGACUGAGAUGUAUUGUUGAUAUUUGGGACGUUGUUAACAUGAAACGUACCGUUAUACUGUCAACACUAAGCAACAAUAAACGUUUACUGUCCGCUGUCUGAGUGACUGGA